CUCAACUUACUAUAAAAGACUCAGGCUUUUCUCGUUGCUUUAGUUCUACCACGAUUCCAUUGCAAACAUGAUCUUUAAGGCAGUUGUCUUAGUGGCGCUCGUAGUCGCCGUCGCAGCCCGACCCGAGACUCCUUCCUACUCUCCUCCUGCUCACCCAGUCCCUUCGUACUCGCCUCCCAGCCCAUCAUACAGUGCGCCCGUCUACGCAGACGUUCCACCCCAAUAUAAUGCGCAGUACAACGUAAAUGAUGAGUAUUCAGGCAACAACUAUGGACAUCAAGAGGACCGCGAUGGCUAUAACACUCAGGGAACAUACUACGUGCAGCUCCCCGACGGUCGUCUGCAGAAGGUGACUUACUACGUCGAUGGCGAGUCCGGCUACGUGGCAGAAGUCACCUACGAAGGAGAAGCACAGUAUCCAGCUUAUGAACCAUCUACAUCAUACCAACCCGCCCCAGCUUACCAACCUCCCUCAUCCCCAUCAUACGCCUAAAUUAUUUCUAUCUAUGCAUAAAAGGUAUGAAUGAGAAUGAAUAUCUUCACAAUACAGGAGAUAUAUUUGACCGGUUUCGAUUGUAUGUUCGUCAAAAAUAUUUCUAUCUAAUUUAUUGUACGAAAUAAAUCCUGCAAUGCCAAAGGCAUUGUUUGAUAGCCC